AUGACGACUCAAAACUUCAAGAAUGAGAAGGAUAUUCCCGUCUCUCACCAGGACUUCCCUGGUACUGAGAGGGAGAUGCCCAACCCCAAGGCCACUCGUGACGAAUUACCUGAGGCCGGCGGCAAUUCCAGAACAUACCAAGGCUCUGGAAAGCUCAAAGGAAAAAAGGCACUGAUCACCGGAGGCGACAGUGGCAUUGGUGCUGCUUCUGCUCUUCUGUUCGGCCGGGAGGGCGUUUCGGACAUUGUCAUCGCCUAUUUACCAGAGGAGGAGAAGGAUGCUCAGGACACCAAGAAGCAGGUUGAGAACGAGGGUGCCAAGGUCCACCUCAUCUCUCUUGACCUCUCGAAGCAAGAGAAUUGCAAGAAACUUGUUGAAUUUGCCGUGGAGAAAAUGAACGGAAUUGACAUUCUAUUCAACAAUGCAGCUUACCAAAUGAUGGUCCAGGAUAUCAAAGACCUCCCUGAGGAGCAAUGGAUCCAUACCUUCAACAUCAACAUCCACUCCUUCUUCUAUAUCUCCAAAUACUCCCUCCCUCACAUGAAGGCCGGAGCAACUAUUAUCAACAAUGCUUCCAUCAACGCCUACAUCGGUCGCCCUGAUCUCCUCGAUUAUACAUCCACAAAGGGUGCGAUUGUUUCAUUCACACGCGGUCUCAGCAAUCAAUAUGUCAGUAAGGGCAUUCGUGUUAAUGCUGUCGCUCCUGGACCCGUUUGGACACCUCUCAUUCCCGCCACUAUGGACGACGAAGCGCAAAAGCAGUUCACAAGCCCCAUGGGACGACCUGCUCAGCCAUCAGAGAUUGCUACUUGCGUGGUCUUCCUGGCAUCGAGUGACAGCUCGUGUGUUAGUGGACAGACCAUUCACUGCAAUGGCGGUACCGUUGUCAAUGGCUAA